CAGGAUUGUUGAAGACGGCGGGAGAGAAGGUGUCGGGCAUCCAGAUAAAGAAUACCGCCGACCCUACAGUGACGGGCAAGCAGCCACACUAAGGCGAAGAAGUGUGCCGUAGCCAACCUUUCGCAGUCAUGGCCAGCCGUAUCGAGUAUUCAGAGAAAUACAUGGACGAUAAUCACGAAUAUAGGCACGUCAUCCUUCCCAAGGAAGCGCUAGCCAGGCAUAGAUCUGGCGUCAGAGCGACAGGGAGAAACGGUCCUGGGUGUGGGUUGUGGGACGUCGGCGGGUCGCCCCCCCUCCCUUACGCCUUGGUUGACCCCACCCCCCUCUCCUUCCUCUCCCAUCCUCUCCAGGAGCUUGCCCGCUCUCUGCCCAAGCAGCGCUUGCUGACCGAGUCGGAGUGGCGAGGCAUUGGCGUCCAGCAGUCCCGAGGUUGGCAACACUACGCCAUCCACAGGCCAGAGCCUCACAUUCUGCUCUUCCGACGGCCGUUGGGAACGGACCCUGUGACCGGCAAGGUCAAUGCGGAGCUAGAGCGGGAGGCCAAGGAGAAGUAUGCAGAAAGCAUGAACGGGGCGGUGCAACGGAAAUAGGGACGAAAACAAAGAUGUGGGAAUCGAGCAGCGUGAGACGAAGAGAAGGUAUGAUAUCUUGGUGGCUCAUGGGGUAGGUGGUGAUCUGCUGCCAGAAAGCGGGGUGUACGAAUAAUCUGAAGGAAGCGAGGGCACUGUGUGCUAGAAAAAUGAGCGAGGAGCGGACCCUCGAAAGGUAUGAAGCAGGACGGCAGCGUAGGCGAGGAAGAGGAGGGUUGCAAACAUCCACAAUACGAUUGAGUAUGGCGUACCUGCUUUUAUCAGGAGGCGCCUUGGGAGCACGAGUCCCGUAUUCCCUCGGUCCAAUUGAGGAUGAAGGCGUGAAGGCACGAGGGAGGUCACUGAAAGCAUUGAGUAGAACUUCUUGAAAUUGACCACUGGGUUACAAUUUUCCUGCUUCCGAGGCGCCGAAAUAGUGACCGUAACGAAAAAGAAUCCAGUCCUGCACCGCAAAA